UUCCAUGGGAUUGUCUUUUUACCCAGACCAACAGAGAGCAAUUAUCUCACCAGAUACUGCAUGCUUAUUAAAUGUCACUGAGACGUCGUUGAGCCAAAAAAAUGUAACAAAUAAUUAUUGUAACGUUACUUGUGAUAAUUUCGAAGAUCAGUGUGUAUAUACAUCUAACACCUUUUGGAGUUUUGUCUUCUUGUGGUCUCUUGCCAAGACUAGUACCAUGACUUGCUUGAGCAUAAACGAUGCAGUUUGUUUUCAUAUACUAGGCCAAGGUGAACAGUCAAAAUUUGGCAAACAGCGACUAUGGGCCACAAUAGGUUACGGUGUUGCAGCAUGUUUAUCCGGAUAUGUGAUGGACUUAUGGUCGCACGAUGGAAUUUAUCAAAAUUACACCCCAAUGCUUAUUCUCGUGCUUGUAUUUCUUAGUGCCGAUUUGAUCUGCUGUAUAAAAUUGAAAAUGCAACUUAAAAAAGGAUCGACAACCAUAUUGAAAAAUGUGUUUAUCUUUUUAAAAUCUAAAUCUAUUGUUAUAUUUUUGUGUUUUGUUGCAUUUGCCGGUAUUCUUCAUGCCAUCGAGCUUAUCUAUUUGCUUUGGUAUUUAGAAGAUCUCGCUAUUGCAACUGGUUAUAUGAACAGAAUUAAAUUGAUAGAAGGAUUAAUUUUAAUAGGGCGAACAUUCGGCGAAAUAGCAUUUCUCUUUUUUUCUGGUAUAUUA